AUAACAUAUCCAAAAAAAUUAUGGUUACCACACGAUUUCGAUAUUGAUGAGAAAUGUAAACGAAAAUAUUCUGAAUGUGAAAAUGUUUCAAACACCUGGUCUAACGUUUGUGAAAGUAAACGAGUGAUGAAAGAAAAUAUGGAUAUGCGUUUCGGAGGUGAAACAAGAUGCGAUUUUGAAACAGAUCUGAAAACCCGAAAGAUUCGAUUGUACCCGACGUUGAAGGAAAGAGAAACAUUACUGCGAUGGAUCAACACCACACGGUGGACAUCAACGAAGGUUUCUGUAAACGCCUACGCGAUAGAUGCGUGA